UGGUUUUUAAUUUCCUCAUUGUCCUUACUCUCUUUUUUUACAAUCAGCACUUAUUAAUUCUAUAAUCAGAAACAAAAGCUAAAUGUCUUUCAGUACGGUGUGUGUGCAUUUGAUGCUGAGUUUCCGGGACGAGGGGGCCCCGGGCGGUUGGGGUAGCCGGGUUGGCAGAGGCCCGGGGCUCAGAAGAGCCCAGGCACUGCCCCUCGACACGCCCCUGGCGGCCUGGGCGGGCCCGGCCCCGCCCCCGGCGCGAGUUGCAGCCUCUGCUGGCGGCGGGACGACGUAGGUGCCCGGGUGCCUCUCAGUGGGAGGGAGCGUGGAGAGCAGCAGCUCACAGCCCCCGCCAACAACACGUGUCUCCGUGAAGCCUGCGGAGAGUCUCCUCGAAGGUUACCUGGUGUUACUCUGAGUCCAAGCAGCCCAGGUGAGUCGGGGACCAGGUGGCCCUCUGCGGGCGGGGGAACCGCCCAGAGCCUUCCUGGAGGAGCAGCGCCUGGAGCCAGCAAGUGGGGGCUGUUGAGAAUCCUGGAGAGCGGGGCUGGGGCCCGGGCUGGACUCCAGAGAGGGGCUCAGAGCCGUCGACGUUGGCCGCUUCUUUGACCUGCCUGCCAGCCAGCCCCGGCCUCCAUAAACGCGUCAUGCACAAGUGAUGGCCUCGCCCACGCGGGACCCGAACCAGCCGCUGCGUCCUCGCUCGUUGCCCCCUACCUCCCCCUAUUUCCGCGCUGACUCUCACUGGAUCGGUGAGUGGGACCACGGGGUGACUGGAAGCUAUUGCGAGUUAUUUGCAGCCGCCUUGGGCAACCUGAAAUGGUUGCGGUUCUGUCUGAAUCGGGGUCGUGGGGAAAUCCCCACCGAUAACAAGGGCUUCACUGCCAUCCACUUUGCAGCCCAGAGCGGCAAGCUUGAAUGCCUGCAGGUCUUGGUAGAGGAGUACAAGUUUCCAGUGGACUUGCCCACCAACGAUGGCCAGACACCCCUGCACCUCGUCAUCCACAGGGACAACAAGACCGUGGUCCUUCCCUGCAUUCAGUAUCUGCUUAAGCACCAGGCAGCUGUCAACACGCAGACGUGCAACGGUUCUACGCCUCUGCACCUGGCAGCCCGCCAGGGCCUGCUGAGCUGUGUGAAGGUCCUGGUCAAGAAUGGCGCCAAUGUCCAUGCCCUAGAUGCCAUGGGCUGCAAGCCCAUCGACUAUUGCAAAAUAUGGAACUACCGCGCCUGUGCUCGGUUCUUGAAGGAUUCCAUGUGGAAACGGGACAAGAAGGACUUUGCCUGUGAGAUGGGGAAACUGAAGAGGCUCAAGAGCCAGCUGGUCCUCAUGGAGCAGGACUACCUGGCUGAGUAUCAAAAAGAGCACCAAAUUCUGAGAGAAGCUGAUUUCAAGAAGUGGCUCCAUCGCAAGCUGUUGCCCACAGGCCAAUCCCUGAUCUGUAAUACUGAUCAAGAACCUCAAGCCCCACCCCGGGCCAUCGUCCUCUCCAAGACCCCCAAGACUCCCAAGAGUUUCCACCCCUCCCCAGAGGCACUCCUGCAACAGAUGCCACAGCCCAAGCUGCAGGUCUUUGUGACACCCACGUCCAUCUACCAACAGACCACAGUCAGGAGGCCCAGGUUGUGGGAUCUUAGCACCAACCCUGCCAAGUCCCCCACUGCCCAGAUCAGCUACCCGCAGGGCAUCCGCCUGGGCGUGCAUCCAGACCCCAGCCCAGAGCACGACUUCCGCAGGUUCCUCGAGGUCAGGUCUGACGGGCAUGGUGGUGCUCGGCUAAGCACGGUGGCCGGCAACCAGGUGACCCCUGUGCCCCGGCUGCCUUUAGAGGAGAUAGUCCGUGAGCUGUACCCUCCAGCGCGGCCGUACAGGAUGAAGGUGCCCCAGGGCUUUUACUCUGCCAGCAUGAGGGACCUGGCCCGGAAGCGGCAUGUGGACGACACCUUCUGGACCGACACUCUGGCCAUGAACUUGCGUGAGACGUUUGACGAAGCCUUCCUGGAAGCUGUGCGAGCCCAUCAAGGGCUUUCCACUAUGCCCUCUUCCCAGCCCCUCCCCCCACCAUAAACUUACUUUGGUAGCCUUUUGACCUGAGGCAACCCAGUGAAGGCUGAGGUGUGGCCAUUAAUGUACACGGGGAAGGGAGAGGGUGCCCACAGGCUCCCUACUCCCAAGCUCAAGGAUCAGAGCCUCCGCCUCCCAACAAAAGGUGCCAGGAUUCCCUUUUCUCCACAAAGAACCGCCCCCUCCCAAGAGAUUCAAGUUAGGGCAGCAGCCCAAGGCUCAGAGUGGGGGGUCAGUCUCUAUCCUAGGCCCUAGCACUGUAAAAGGAACACACUGGUGUCCCCCUUUGCUCCCCACUGCCCCACCAAGGACAAGGCUUCCCAAUGAGGGACCGCUGGGAAAUUGGGCCUCUUGUUCAGAUUAAGUCCUUCUGCUGUAGGCUCUAAGCCUCAUGCUUCGUCUCCAGAUCCAGAAUGGGGUGGAAGACAUCUAAUGUGUCGCCCUGCCAUGGGCUUCCCUGCCACUAUGGGCUGCCGCUGGGGUUUCUGCAGGUCAGGGAAGCAUACCUGGGAGAAGGGAGGAAGACUGAUGGCUUCAGUUUGACACUAUGAAAGCACUUGUGCUUCCUCCAGGAAGCUGGCCUGUAUCCCCUGGUAGCCCCUGUACACAUCACUACAAAUCAUUCAUUAAACAAAUAUUUAUUGAGUGCUUUCUAUGUGCCAGGCACCAAGUCAGGUGCUGUUGAUACAAAACUUGAGGGACAGUCCCUGCCCUCAAUGAGCUUACAGUCUAGUUAGGAGAUAGACCAGUAUGCAGGCAAGUAAGCCUGGGGUAAUGGGUGGUGUGCUGGGGUGGGUGAGGGGAAGCGGCAUUCAAAGCUCCUUGGAUGAAGUGAAAUCUAAGUUGAGAACUGACAGAGAAGAUACCCAGGUGAGCAGAAGAAAGGGGAAUCAAAGUGGCAUCUCUGGAUACAGGAGGCUGAGGCUCAAGAGUGCAAAGUGGCAAGUGAUGAGGCCAGAGAGGCGAGCAGGAGGCAGGACACCAUGAGUCUCACAGCCAUGCUGAGGGGUCUGGAUUUAUCCUGAAGGCAGUGAGGAGCCAUGGAAGGGUGUAGGCCAGGAAGUGACUUGAUCAACUAUGCAUUUUAGAAAGACAACUCUGGCUGUGGGACAGAGAAACAGGAGGAGGCUGUCACAAUAAUCCAGGUGAAAGCUGAUGACAGUGGGAGUGGCUCUAAUCAAGAAAUGUUAAGAAGGCAAACUUGACAGUUUUUAGAAAUUGGAUGUAGGGGACAGGUUUCUGCUCUGGCUCCUGACUGAUCUUGGGGCCACAACAGGUACCCAAAAGAGGCAGGUCUGAAGAGGAGAGCAACAAAUGCCAUGAGAGUGGUCUGUGGACCCAAAGGCAGCAGGAAUGUGGUUCAGAAGCCCAGGAGGGAUGUUGACACUGGAGGUCGACUCUCAAUUCCUUGACAGAGUCAAAGCCAUCAGCAUGGAUGGGUUCCUCCAGAGAGCCCACGACAGAACCCUGAGAAACCCCACGGUGCAUGGGGCAAGUGGAGAAGCCUGCACAGGACACCGGUAGGAGAAGCCACAGAGGUAGGGAGAAACCAGAUGCCGAAGUGCUAAGGAAGUGCGAUUCAAGAAGCUGGGGGUGAUCAGCCCUGUCAGAUGCUGCAGAGACCCAGUAAGAUAUGGAAAGGGUCUGCUGAAUUGAGCACAAGAAGGCCCGUGGCAACCCCUGGGAGAGCACUGGCAGUGGAGCAAAUGGAGAGGGCAAAGCCAUGUCAUUGGGGUGAGAAGUGGACAGCAAGGGAGGGCAGAGCCAGCUGCUGACCCAGCAGUGAGGAUAAUGUUGGCCCCCAGCAUCCUCUACCUUGUCACCCGUCUACAUAAGAUAAAAGGGCCUGACAAUCUCAUUCCCACUGAGAGACCAAAAUGUGCUGCUCCCCGCAGGGAAAGGGAAAGCAGGUAUGAAGAGAACAGGAAAUGCUAAAGCCAAGAAAACAAAGGCUAUGGUGGGACUUGAGGCAAGAUGUGGAAGAUUUUCAAGCACAAGAGGUCCUCCCAGGGGCUUAAAAGGUACCACAUGUGUGUAGUCCAUCUCUGCACUGCCCAGCCUUGCUUUGAGGUAUCAUUAUGGCCAAUGACGGCCUCAUGGGGACUUACUCUAAUAUGUACUAUUGAGUACCAUAUUUCCCCAUGUAUAAGAUGCUCCCAUGUAUAAGACACACCUUAAUUUUGGGGCCCGAAAUUUGAAAAC